GCAAAAGGUGCAGAUCACCCCCUAAACUCAACAACUGGUGGCAAAUCACCCCCUCAACCCACUUCACGCGCAAAUCAACCCCUCAACUCAUAUGCAGUGGCAAAUCAACCUCUCUGUUAAGGCUGACAUCAUCAUUCCGCUAACUUUUAACCGUCCGUUCAUCCGCCCCUCCUCCGUGUUUGAUGUGGCUUUUUUUGUUGAGAUGGAUGCUGAGAUGUCUCUUGGCCCCACCACCACGUCCUCCGCUUCUAUAGCACUCUUCAGGUCCAGAUCCGACAAAUUGAAUUUGGAUCCUAGUGUUGAUCCUCAUCGGGAUUCUUACGAGGAGCCAUUGUCGCCUUCGUCCUCCUCUUGGUUCUCAACGAUCUUCUCCGGACGCCGGAAAAAGCAACAAUCGAGAAUGUUCUACAUGGACAUGGAGGAACUAGUUGUCGGCGAACGGAGAUCUUGUAGGGUGGUCAAUCGGGGAAUGUUGCCUGUUAGGAGUGAGAAUACCGAGGACGAGGGCGGUGAUCGAGCGACGUAUGGGAGCUCGCAAGAGGUGUCGCCUCGGUGGCGAUGGCGAAGGACACUAGUGGCUUGCGACGAGGGAAGGCGGCUUGUGAGCAGGGCAGAAACGUGUCCAGAUUGGCGUUCUGUAUGAGUCCUCUGGUGAGGGCGAGCCCGAACCGGCACUGGAACCAGAAGGGAGGAUUUUCGCCAGAGAUAGAAUUUACCGGCGAGAUUCUAGCUCCUGUGAAGUCAUGCCUGGCUGCAGCGGUGCCGUUUUGCAAGAAUUGAUCUAGAAAACUUGCUGAUUUUGGCAUAGUACAUAACAACCGUUGAGAAUCGGUGAUAAAGAUGUGACCGAAAA